UAAUUACAAUGAUCAAACAAGGCAUGCUAUUAGACUAUACCAUAGGUAAUUAAGCAAACCUUCUAGGAAGGACCCCUCAACUUCGGCCCAUGGGAUAAUCGCCUUUCGAUCAUAGUUCUUGAGCUCUAUAAAUAUGCUAAUUGAGCUAUUGAACCCUAAACAUAUCCACAUAUCAUACAAAUCAAAACACACACGUACACAAAAAAAAAAUUCACAAGUAUGGCUACAAAAAUCGUGUUUGUUGCAUUCCUUUCCCUAAUCCUAGCUAAUGCUGCCUAUGGAGGUGGCAUUGGUAUCUAUUGGGGCCAAGGUCAAGAGAGUAAUCUUAACCAAACAUGUUCUACUAAGUUAUAUUCUCAUGUCAACAUAGGUUUUCUUAGUACGUUUCGCAAUGGACGAACUCCAACUUUAAACCUUGCCAAACAUUGUAAUCCAUCAAACGGUGGUUGUGGAUUACUUAGUAAUCAAAUCAAAUAUUGUCAAUCAGUUGGGGUGAAGGUAUUUCUCUCUAUAAGUGGUAAUGCUGCAGGUUAUGCUAGCUUGAAUUCUUCUUAUGAGGCUAGAAUCCUAGCAAAUUAUCUAUGGACCAAAUUUUUGGGAGGCAACUCGCGUUCACGACCCUUAGGUAAUGUUGUACUUGAUGGGGUCGACUUCUAUAUUGAAAGUGGAUCAACAAAGUAUUAUGAUCUUUUGGCGCGCUACUUGGCUUCCUAUAGUACAAAAGCAAGGAAGGUGUACCUAAGUGCAGCUCCUCAAUGUCCUUACCCAGACAAGUAUCUAAACGUCGCCCUAAACACCGGACUUUUCGAUUAUGUUUGGGUUCGAUUCAAUAAUAAUCCUUCUUGUGAGUACACUACAAAGAAUGCCAAAAACUUCUUCAAAGCAUGGAAUUAUUGGACAUCAAUUAAAGCAAAUAAAGUGUUCUUAGGUUUACCAGCAUCUCCUAAAGCAACCAACAGUGGAUUUAUACCAGUGAAUGUCUUAAAGUCACAAGUACUUCCUGUUAUUAAGAAAUCUCCAAAGUAUGGAGGUGUUAUGCUUUGGUCUAGGUAUUGGGAUCAAAUUGGAAAAUAUAGUCCUGCUAUUAAAAACUAUGCUUAAUUAAAUUUAGCUCGUAAUUAAUUAAGUUUGUCAUUAUAUAAUAUUUGUUUUGAGUGUAUCUAAUUAUCUAUGCAUUUAGUUGAAGGAAUAAAGAUGUAAUAAAUUGGGAGGAUUUAACACCUCUCAUUUUAUGUUAAUCUAGGCUGUGAAAAAACAGCCAACGUAAAAUUAUGUAAUGUUUUGUAUGCAUGAUAUAAUUUAAUAAAAGUUGAAGAUUUCCCUUUUAUGCUAUGA